AUGGUUACCAAAGAGGAUAAACGAAAGAUCAAUUGGAUUACUCAGGGUAGGGCCAAGUUCGGUUUUACUCUGGAAAAUGUCUUGACGAUACAGCUUCCUUGUGCCCAAACCCUUCGUUCAACACAUUCGAUAUCGUCGGCGCGGGAUUUGAUCACUGCAACUUAUUCCAUAAGUUUCUUUUGGCAACAUCCUGCCCUCGCAUCAUAUGAUUUGUUAAGGAGACUUCAUACAGACAUCGAGUUUCACUGCAAUAUUCCUUAUGAUGCCAUCGACCGUAUGAUGGAUGCCGGAGCACUAUACGAUCUCAUCCAAGUCAAUGAAUACGCAAAUUGGGUUCAACCAAGUCUUACUCGAAAUAUAUCGGAAUUCCUGUUGCACUAUUAUCAAUACCAUUCAACAUCCGCUGAUGCUGUAUCAAUCAACAGUGGUCUUCCAGCGGCUCCUCCAGACAAUAACAGUGGAUUUGUAUGGCACGGCAAAGAAGGAACAGGGAAAGCCCUUAUAUGA